CAGGGCUUCAGCGUCAGAGUCCAGAAGUGAAACUCACCGUGAGAACAGCAAAGCUUGUUUCUCUUCACAGGAGCGUCAAACUGAGCUCAUCCAGCCUUUUUGAGCAGCACAGCAGAGCUUCUUCCAACACUGAGUGCAGACAUGUCUGCUGCCAGCUGUCUUCUAUCUGAAGAUCAGUUUCUGUGCUCCAUCUGUCUGGAUGUCUUCACUGAUCCAGUCUCCACACCAUGUGGACACAACUUCUGCAAAAACUGCAUCAGCCAACACUGGGAUAUCAGCUACAGGUGUCAGUGUCCCAUGUGUAAAAAGGUGUUCAGGAUGAGACCUGAGCUGCACAUCAACACUUUCAUCUCUGAGAUGGUUUCUCAGUUCAGACGUGAAGCUCAGCAGAAAGUCAGCAGCAGCAGCUCAAAGCAACAAGCUGCCAAACCAGGAGAAGUUCCCUGUGACAUCUGCACUGGAACCAAACUGAAGGCCCUGAAGUCCUGCCUGGUGUGUCUGGCCUCCUACUGUCACACUCACCUGGAGCCUCAUCUGACAGCUUCACGUCUGAAAAGACAUCAGCUGAUCGAUCCUGAGGAGAACCUGGAAGCCAGGAUGUGUAUGAAGCACAAUAAACCUCUGGAGCUGUUCUGUAAGACCGAUCAGACAUGUGUCUGCAUGCUCUGCUGUGUUUUUGACCACAAGACUCAUGAGUUUGUUCCUCUAAGAGAAGAAUAUGAAGGAAAGAAGGCAGAACUGGGGAAGACUGAGACUGAAAUUAAACAGAUGAUCACGAAGAGACGACUGAAGAUUCAGGAGAUAAAAAAGUCAGUGAAGAAGAGUAAAGAUGCUGCAGACAGAGAGAAAGCAGAAGGUGUUCAGGUCUUCACUGCUCUGAAGGAGUCUGUUGACAGACACCUGAAUGAAUUCAUAAAGGAGAUUGAAGACAAACAGGAAGCAACAGAGAAACAGGCUGAAGGUUUCAUCAAAGAUCUGGAACAGGAAAUCUCUGAGCUGAUGAAGAGAAGCUCUGAGGUGGAGCAGCUCUCACGCUCUAAAGAUCACCUCCACCUCCUCCAAAGCUUCUCAUCCCUGAAAGCUGCUCUAACUACCAAACACUGGACAGAGGUCAGUAUCCAUCCACCAUCAUAUGAGGGCACUGUGGUGAGAGCUGUGGAUCAGCUGAAAGAGACACUGGGUGAAGAGUUUGAAGAAUUGUUUGAGGCUGAGCUGAAGAGGGUCCAGCAGUAUGCAGUGGAUGUGACUCUUGAUCCUGAUACAGCACAUCCUGAACUCAUUGUGUCUGACGAUGGAAAACAAGUACAACGUAGUGACAAUAGGAAGGAAUGUCCACACAACCCAAAGAGAUUUUCGAAGUUUGUUUGUGUUUUAGGAAAGCAGAGUUUCUCUUCAGGCAGAUUUUACUUUGAGGUUCAGGUUAAAGACAAGACCAAAUGGAUAUUAGGAGUGGUCAGAGAGUCAGUGAACAGGAAGGAAGCCAUCACACCGAGUCCUGAGAAAGGUUACUGGACUGUAGCGGAACAUAAAAACAUUUGUGUAGCUCUUGAUAAACCUCAAGUCCAUCUGUCUCUUCAGUCUGUUCCUGAGAAGGUGGGGGUGUUUGUGGAUUAUGAGGAGGGUCUGGUCUCCUUCCAUGAUGUAGAUCAUGCAACUCUUGUCUACUCCUUUACUGGCUGCUCCUUUAUGGAAAAACUCUGUCCACUCUUCUAUCCCGGUGUUAAUGAUGAUGGUAAAAACUCUUCACCUCUGACCAUCUGUCCUGUGAUGAUGGGUGACUGCAUCAGUGAUGAUGAUGAGGAUGAUGAUAACUGAUCAUCAGUCAUUCAGUCUGAUCUUUUUUCAUGAAGAGAUUGCAUCAAUUAAAGAUCAAUCGCAACAUUAAACUAACACAGAGAAGUCCUAAAAACAGAACUGAGCAACUCAAACCUGCUGAUGAAAACCAUGACAUUCAGUCAGAACCGGCAGGUCAAGUUAGCACGCUGAACUUUAAUUGGUUUGUUUGUUUUACUGUUUUCAACCUUAUAACAGUAUAACAAGUCUGAGGAGUUUCAGUUUGAAAAAGACCUUUCCUUAAUUUUCUUCCAGCGUUUUAAGGCACAGAUGUUGUUAAAUAUCAAAAACAGGAUUCAGAAACUGUUCUGCUGUUUUAACAUGUGCAGCAUACUUGUACAUAAAAAAAUAUAAUAAUCUGAACUUUUGUUAUCUCCUUUCAUGUUUUUUGAUGAUAAUCAGCUGCUGAACUCUAGUCUUCUUCCCUGUAUUGUGGCAGCAGCAUGUGAGGUGAACAGUUUGGGAACAGGUUCGUGUCUCUGUUCUCAUGAAGAAAAUGAUCCAUUUGAGGAAAUUUCAUUCUGAGAAUGCCGAAACUCUCCUUUUCUCUUCUUUCAGUCUUUACAGGCGCAGACAUUCAAACAUAUACUGUUCACAAGUAUGAGUACAAAUGUUAAUAUUUAAUUAUUUUCAGGCCCACAGUCAAACAGAUUCAUGUCUUUGUUCUCCUCGUCAAACUCCAAAUCAUCAUUAAUGAAGCAGAUUUAAACGUUACAUUUAAAUGGGAAAAAAACUAGCUUCUAACUGUGAGUUCAGGUUUUAUCAGGUGGCACCAACACAUCAGUCUGAAACACACUGACACGUUUAUGAUUUGUUCCUAUAAAUCUGUGUUUCUUAUUUGUCUGUGAAGGUUCUCAGUCAUCCAGGUCAUCGUAGUCAAAGGAGUUUGCAAAGAAAAGCGUCUGGACUUGUUUAAGUUGCUUGAAGACGUUUCACCUCUCAUCCGAGAAGCUUCUUCAGUUCUAAGGUCAAAUGGCCAAGAGUCCCAGAUUUAAACCCAGUGGGAGUAUCCCCCCAAAGAGGGACAAAGGACCCCCUGGUGAUCCUCUAAUCACAUGCGCCAAGGUAUUUCUUAUUGAUGCUCAGAUCAGACAAGCCCUACAGGACAGCUUUCUGUAUUUCAUCCAAUAUUUCAAUAAAAUUGAUCUCUGUUCCUUUUAGAGUGCUAAUGUUUGGAAAGUUUGAGAUAUUUCCUAAUGUUGAUGAACAGUUUGAGUCUUGAAGACAUAAAACUAUUGUAGUUAUAAACUGUAAUGAAUGUUUAAUGGCAGCAGAAUCAGAUGUGUAAAAACUAAGAUGUACUGUUCAUCUGAAGAUAUCUCAGGCUGUUCUUCAUCUGUUUUGUGACAUGAUCAUUAAAUAACUUUCUACUGUCUGCUCUGUUUCAAGGAAGAUAAAUAAAGACUUGUCUUUCA